AUGUGUAACAGCAGCUCCAUCACCGAGUUCCUCCUGCUGGCAUUCGCAAACACACAGGAGCUGCAGCUCCUGUACUUUGCGCUCUUCCUGGGCAUCUACCUGGCUGCCCUCCUGGGCAACGGCCUCAUCCUCACCGCCGUAGCCUGCGACCACCGCCUCCACACCCCCAUGUACUUCUUCCUCAUCAACCUUGCUCUCCUCGACAUGGGCUGCAUCUCCACCACUCUCCCCAAAGCCAUGGCCAAUGCCCUCUGGAACACCAGGGCCAUCUCCUAUCAAGGGUGUUCUGCACAAGUCUUCUUUUUAGUCUUCUUGUUCAGUUCAGAGUAUUUCCUCCUCACUGUCAUGGCCUACGACCGCUACGUUGCCAUCUGCCAGCCCCUGCACUACGGGAGC